UUUUUUCAAUUUAUUUGACAGAAAGAUCAUUUGGUAAUCAAAAUCAAUUAAUAAAAUUAAUUAAAUUUAAAGUAAAAACUCUCAUUAAAUUGUAUUUUAAUGUAGUAGUUGUACAUACAGUGAAAUAUCAUAUAAUUGUAUAAUGCUUUAUAAAGACCAAAAAUCGGCAUCGUCACCGGUCCGCAUCAAGCCAGUGUGCCCUCUGCGUCCAGUGACCCGCGUGCAGUUCGACGGCAGGGCCCGCCAGCCGCCCCGGGUCGCCCAGGAGUCUCUACGGAAGGUCACCGUCAGGGCAGCCGGCUGUGGGGAUAGAUCGUACUCUCCGCUAGUCUCGGAGCCGGAAGACGUGAUCGAAGUCAACCCGAGUCCUGUGCAACGUGGCCCGGCGCCUUUCUUCAAACGUCGCUCGCUGCCCAAGUGCUACCAUCCUAACCCUCGCUUGUAUCCAGGCCCAAAGCCGCGGCGCGCCCCCAAGUCCCGCGAAGACUUCCACCAGCCUCGCCACCGCAAGCGCUGCCUGCGACGUCGGCUCGUGCCCAACCCCCGCCUGUACCAGCCCCCCGCGCGGCACGUUCCUCGCCCCUCACCCCCCGCCUCUCCUGUCAUCUCCUGGCAGCCAAUUCGCCACACAGACGCGCUCAAAGCCGCGUCUAGUGUCGCUCUAGAGCUAGCGGCUCAAAGACAGUCGCGGUCCCCACACCCUUGUCCUUCACCGAUUCAUCGGUGCGAGUCCCCGCCUAAACGUGCGAGGAAGAAGCUCAAGUGUCGUCGCCGUAAGGGGAAGUGUGCGAAGUGCAAGAUGGCCGCCUGUCCGCCGGCGCAGUCGUCGGCCAGCGCUGAUGACGGCUCCGAUGGGAAUGAGACUCUGUCCGCGCCUAGCGAGUUCUUGGCUGAGUUCCUCUCCGCAAUAAUGCGUCGCGAGUACCUGGAGGCCCUCAAGUACUGCCGUCUGAUCCUGCAGUACGAGCCGCAUAACGCCACAGCUCGCGGCUUCUACCCGCUUCUGCGGCACAAGCUGCAAGUGCAGACCGGAGAGUCGGAGAGCGAGGACGGGCGGGUGGACUGGAGCCCGGAGGCCAGCGGCAGCGAGUCGCCACCCUCAGACAAUGACCACGACUCCAACAAGACCUCGCUGCCUGACCAUGUAAGGAGACGCUUUAUGGCCAUGGACCACUCAGCAGACUCGUCCUCGGCCGCCUCGGCCGCGCGCUCGGCGUCGGGCUCGCUGGACGCGUCGCGCCGCUCGUCGCUCGACCUGGAUUCGUCGCCGGAGAGCUCCAGCAAUGAACUGCAGGACCCCACUUUCAGUUCUGGGUCGGGGUCCCGCUGGGACAGCUCGGGCAGCUCGCCGCCCGACGACAAUGGAAACACGCACGCCGACGUGCGCCUGGAGCCGGCAGACGAUGAGAACGACAACACGGCUGCCGGCGACGACACGACGCGACACGACACUGCGCGACACGACAACCAGCCCGCACUCACCACCGACGUUACCGAGACGGAGUCCUGGUCAUCCCUGCGGCGGCUGCGCGCGCGGUUCGCGGCCAUCAAGUGAGCCUUCAGCGGGCCGGAGCAGCCGGGCCCCGCGCCCCCCGCGCGCCCCGCCGCCCGCUGCACCCCCCCGUGACGUCACCACUGUACCCCUGUUCUGUUUGAAUUAUAUUUUCACCGUUUUUAAA